AUGGCUCCCGCCCGCUGGUGGGGAUAUCCCGCCGCUAGUCCAUUUAUGGCUACGGAUAACGAUUUAGAUGAGGCGGUACAGGCAGCCCGUGAGGCAUUCCCCAUCUGGAAAGCCCGGCCUCUGGAAGAUCGACAGCAAUGUCUGCACCGGAUAGCAUAUAAGCUGGAGAGUCGGCAAGACGAGCUCCGUCCUAUUCUUUUCCACGGAGAGAUUCUGGCGAAAAUUGAGAUUGACAAUGCCUUGCGGUUCCUCCGGUUUAAUGUCAUGUCCCAUAAGAUCGAAUAUGAGGAUGAAUUCGUCCGAAUUGUCUCCACGUAUCCUCCGCUGGGCGUGAUAGCAGCGGCCCUGGUGAUGGGCAACUGUGUGAGCAUAAAGCCCUCCCCAAUGACCCCGUACGCGACUCUGAAAUGCGUCGAAUAUACACUACAUCUCCUUCCCAAGGGGAUCGAGGCGCGCAUGACCACCCAUCCGGGCAUCGACAAGAUCAGCUUCACCGAAUCCACCGCCACAGGCCGCCGCAUAGCAGAAAGCGCGGGGCAGUCGCUCAAGCGCGUGGCCCUGGAGCUCGGGGGCAACGAUGCCAGCAUCAUCUGCGCUGAUAUCGAAGUGGACGAGGUAGCCGCCCGAGUGGCUCAGGGGUGCUUCUUCCAUGCGGGUCAGAUGUAUGUGGCCACCAGGCGAGUCUACGUUCACCGCGACAUCCUGCCGCAGUUCCGCUCCACCUUCAUCGCUGCAGUUCAGAAGAUCUACCAUCUUGUUCGAGACUUCCUCGCUGAUAGCGCCAAACAAGCCCACACCUUCUCUGUGGGCGGCCCCGACCGCGACGGGGACCCGCUGCCGGGGCUAUACAUUUCCCCAACCGUGGUGGAUCGCUCGCCCGACAAUGCCCGCAUUGUCCAGGCAGAACAGUUUGGGCCUAUUAACCCCAUUCUCGAGUGGUCCGACGAGGCCGAGCUCAUUCACCGCGUGAAUGCCACCGAGGGCGGGUUGAGUGCCUGUGUUUGGGCGCUCGAUGUGGCGACGGCGGAGCGGAUUGCACGCCAGCUGGAGGUCGGAACGGUAUGGCUCAAUAGUUUCGCGACCCCCCACCCCCAUGGAUACUUUUCAGGUUGGAAACAAAGUGGAAUCGGAGGAGAAUGGGGACGUCAGGGUCUGCUGUCAUACUGGCAUACUAAAGCCCUACAGUUUUACAAGUGAAGUUGAAAAACCAUCAGUCCCUCAUUUCGUUCCUCCUUUGUGUGUGAGAUGAAAGGUAGUUUGAUGCCGCGGCGGAAACGGCGCUGAAAACAUGCGGAUAUUGGGACCCCAGAUUAUAGGAAACCAAAAAGAAAGGUUGAAAAAAUGUCAACGAAAUUCAAUCAAUAUGUAUCAUCUUACGGUGCACCCAAAGAAUAAUCACAUAAAAAGCUUUAUCUUCUUGUUCAAAAAUAG